UGUUUUUAAAGUUGUUUUGGAGUCCAUUCAGAGUACAGUGGGCAAAGCUGGCAGGGCAGGACUGUCUGCCCUUUUAACCAGUGACAGAAAGCCCAGGGGCCAAUGAAGAGCUGAGGCCGCCAGUUCACUAUUAAAGAGAGGGAACCAACCUACUUUUGGCCUUCCUUCUCAGAGGCCAUGGAUGGGAAGAAGCAGUAGGGAGGGAGGAGGAGGAGGAGGAGGAGGAGGGAUGGAGAUGGGUUCAGGCUCUAAGGAGGUUUCUGGGGCAACUGUCUCCAGUGACAACCUCAGUGGACUGAGCAUCGGAAGAAAGAUCUACUUUGAAGAUGGUGGUGGUGGUGGUGGUGGGAGUUCCUCUGAGUCCUUAGCUACAGCCUUGGAGAAACCCCCUGCCCCAAAGAAGGGGAAAGGGGUGGUUCAAGGCGUGCCACAGCCUCCUAGAUGCCAGGUUGAGGGUUGUAAAGUAGACCUUAGUGGUGCCAAGGCUUACUAUUCCAGGCAUAAGGUUUGUGGAAUGCAUUCUAAGUCCCCUAAAGUGAUUGUCAAUGGUUUGGAACAGCGUUUCUGUCAACAGUGCAGCAGGUUCCACCAGCUACCUGAAUUCGAUCAAGGAAAACGCAGUUGCCGUAGGCGUCUUGCUGGGCACAAUGAACGCCGGAGGAAGCCUCCACCGGUGCCUCUGUCUUCUCGCUACGGGCGAUUGCCAUCAUUGCAAGAAGAAAGCACCAGGUACCGAAGCUUUCUUAUGAACUUCAGUUAUCCAAGGCCUCCGAUACGUGAAGUGUGGCCAACCAUCAGGGCCGGAGAUCGAAUUGCUAGUAGCCACUGUCAAGGAGGCUUGGUCCUCCGACAUCCAGGUCCCAAGAGCAUGGGGGCCCAACAGUGCGUGCAAGGCUCGAUAGGCGGGACACUCUUCUCUAACCCAGAAACUCAUCAACCCGUCGAAUGCCUUGCUGGAGUCUCUGACUCCAGCUGGCUCUCUCUUCUGUCAACUCAGCCAUGGUGCACUUCAACCAGAAGCCAAACUCCAACAAUGCCAACCAGCAUCAGCUUCGAAGGAGCACUGAUGGCUCACCCAGUCUCCGGCGUCAACAACUACCAAGCAGUCCACUGUUAUGAUUUCCAAGGCCAUGAAGUCCAUCAUGAGAUGGGAACAAUGCAAGUCUCACAGAACGGCAAUGCUCAUUUCUCCGGUGAGCUUGAGCUAGCUCUUCAAGCUCCAUCCGGUCGAAACUACGAUCAAUCCACCCACUGUCACUGCCAUGGCAUGCAUUGGUCUCUUUGAAAGCCUUUUGACUGUCAUUGCUGCACCAUAUGUCAUGGAUCUAAAACCUAUUUAAAUGCUUGUUGCAUUCUCUGUCCUGCUGACAAGGCAUAUUAUGUUUGUGUUUUGCUGUUUGUUGUAUGAGAUCUUAAUGAUCUAAAACUCAAAACUAUGUGUGCUCUUAUUUUGUGUCUAGAUUUCAGGGAAAUCUGAAACUCUUAACUGUUGUGUGCAGGAACAAGCAACUGUUGUAUUUCUGAUUGAA